CAGAAAAAUUCAUCAGAGGCGCUUGAAGAGUGCACAGUGGUGUAUGGAGAAAACUGCUGUGGGUACGCGGAUUGAAUGACUUUUAUGUCCCUUUUCUGUAAAUGAGUGUUUUUUUUGUAUAAAGUAACCUAAGGGAACUAACCGUUGUUGUUGACUAAAUCGUAUUUGUGAUAUAACUCGACCACAUGAGGCGUAUCCUCCUCAAGCAUCAGUGAUUAAGUUUUACCUAUCGAAUUAUUGGUGGAUCAAGACCCGGAGAACCAUUUGUAGCGGUUGGCUAUUAUUUUGGGUUAAUCAUUAUCACGAUCUCAUAAUAUGACGGAUACGAGUCAGGCGGAGCAACCGCCCCAAACGAACGGCAUUUCCGACUUGGAAGACGAUGACAGGGCCAAAAUGAGACCAGUAGACAUAGACGCCGAUGUGAGAGAAAUGGAACGAAGGAAACGAGUAGAGAUGAUAAUGAACAGUAAACUAUUCAAAGAAGAACUGGAAAGGAUCUUAGACUCACAGCUGAAAGAUGGAUCAGGACCAAGCGGGCUUCUCCAACAAAUUUCGGACAUGGUAGGCGUCAACAGACAAGGCGGAAACGUUUUUAAGAGUUCGAGCUGUGUGAUUCCCGUUAACGACAUUAGAGGAAUCGAGUCGAUGGGAUAUGGCAAGGGAGAAAAGAUUCUUAGAUGUAAAUUGGCCUGCCUCUACAGGUUGAUCGACUUGUACGGCUGGGCCUACGGCUCAAGUACACUCAUAACUGCCAGGUUGAACCAGGAUGACGAACAAUUCUUGGUCAACCCUUACGGAAUGCUCUUCCACGAAGUGACAGCUUCCAGUCUGAUUAAAGUAGACAUGCAGGGCGCGGUCCUCGAACAAGGCACAACCAACUUCUCCGUCAACAUUACCGCAUAUUCACUCCACGCAGCAGUACAUUCCGCUAGACCAGACAUCAAAUGCAUCAUCCACGUUCACACUCCUUCCGUAGUAGCUGUAUCUUCGUUAAAACAAGGACUGAUGCCUUUGAGCCAGGAGUCUGUUGUCAUAGGUGAAGUAAGUACACACAUGUACUUAGGCGGUCAUCUAGAUCCAGAAGAAAAGGACAAAAUCGCAAGGAACCUAGGACCGAACAAUAAAGUCCUCCUACUGACCAACCAAGGAGCAUUAUGUUGUGGAACGACCAUUGAAGAAGCCUUCUUCAAUGCCAGAAAUACCGUUUUAGCCUCUGAAUCACAGCUCAAACUUCUUCCUGUAGGCAUUGAUAAUUUAGUUUUGAUAAAUGAUGAAGUAAGGAAAAAAAUAUACGACGCAGCGCACAAAGCACCAGAAAGUACUCCCCGACCGGACCAACCCUCUAUUUUGGAGGGCAAAGUAGAAAGAAAGUGGCGUGUAGGCGGUGUAGAAUUCGAAGCUUUGAUGAGGAUGUUGGACAACGCAGGAUUCAGGACAGGCUACAUCUACAGGCAUCCAUUAGUUAAGGGCGAACCACCGAAACCAAAGAACGACGUUGAGGUACCCCCAGCAGUUUCCUCCCUUGGAUAUUUGUUGGAAGAGGAGGAGUUAUAUAGACAAGGACUCUGGAGAAAACUUGAAGGUGGUAGGAAAGGCAACGAUCGCAGCAGAUGGUUGAAUUCGCCCAACACCUAUCAAAAAGUGGAAAUUUUGGAAACCGGAACACCCGACCCCAAGAAAAUCACAAAGUGGGUAGCCGAAGGAUCACCUAGCCAUUCGAGCAGCACACCAGUUAAAAUUGAAUCGGCUCUUCAGUUCGUACCAACAGGUACUAAUCCAAAGGAAUUCAAACAAAAACAACAACAGAUCAAAGAUUACAGACGAGCAGACAAAAUUUCUGCCGGUCCUCAAUCCCACAUUUUGGAAGGUGUAACGUGGGAGGAAGCUAAAAAAAUGCAGGACGCUACAGUAACUCAAACAGGCGACCAUGUAGUGCUAAUGGGAGCUGCUUCAAAGGGCAUUAUCCAGAGAGGGCACCAACACAACGCCAUGGUAUACAAAUCGCCUUACGCCAAGAAUCCUUUCGAUAGCAUCACAGACGAAGAACUCAACGAAUACAAGAAAGUCGUAGAAAAGAAAGCUAAGGGUGAAUAUGACACUGACUACAGUGAAUCAGAAGGUCUUUCGUCAGCAGCUUUGAACAAAAGAAUUGAAGAUAUGCAAAUUAGGUCUCCAACUUCUGUUACUAGUGAGACAGAGGAAGAAAGUAGAGACGAACCUCAAAUCUUACGGAUAGAAACGAAGACCGUUCCCAAACCUAGUCAACCAGAAGUUGUAUUAAGCGACGUUGAAAGUUCCCCCAUAGAAAACUUCCUUAAAGCCGAGCGUGUCUCUGCGAAUAGUUAUAGGGGUGAGAAUACAGUUAACGGAGACCAGUCCGAUGCCCAUAUGAGCACACUGUCGCAAAGUAGCAAAGAAGACCAUUCAAUAUCCGAAGGAUCACCCAAAAAAGACAAAAAGAAGAAGAAAGGUUUAAGAACUCCUUCGUUCCUUAAGAAGAAGAAAGAAAAAAAGAUCCGUGAAGCAUAGGAACUGCCUCUGCCAGAAUAAUACAAACGCCUCCAUCGAGACUGCCAGCAAUUAAUUCAUUUUAGUUUAGUAAAAAAAAACUGGUGCGGCUAAAAUUUUUGCACUAUAUCUGUGACAUUGGACUGCAUUUGUCAAAUUCGAUAAAAAAAUACUACAAUAAAUUAUAUUUUAGCUUUAUCUGUACAGGAAAACCAUAAAGAUUUUUAAUAUUAACUUUCAAAGUGCGACAUAGUAGUGGAUUAAUAUAUUAUAUUCUAUAUAGAGAUAUGUGUUAAAUAAAAAUAAACAAUUCGACUCAAGAAACUGACUUUUGUGAUUAAUAGCUGAGAUUUAGUUGGAUAAAUGGUGUGCGAUGAUUAUUUUUUGGCGGGAAAGGGUAUUUGGCGUGCUUCUUGACAGUGACAGAUGUCAUCAAUCUGUCAAACGCCACAAGAUGUUUAUGUACAAUAAGCAUUGGAUAAUUAAUUCUUCCUAAAGCCUCUACCUCGGUUUUUAGUAAUGAGAAAUCAUGUUAAUUUAAUAGACUGAGUAGUUGCAUCUACUGAUGUCAAUAAUGACAUAUUCUUGUCGGUUUCGGUAGUAUCCCAUAUGUCGGAUUGUUUGCUUUUGUCCAGUAUACAUGAUAUUUUUAUUUAUGUAAAUUUUUAAGCUUUUUAUCUUGACUAUGCAAUUGUUUUGUUAUAUUAGAAUAAUCAGAAUGUGCAAAUAGAUUAUUAUAUAUUAUUUUUAAGGCUAUACUUCAUUUUAUUUUCAUAGUGCUUUGAAAUAACGUUAUUUUCACUCAGAAAAAGAAACCGUUUCAGAUUUUUUCAAUAAAAUGACAACUUUUAGAGACAUUUAGUAAAUUUUUGAGUCUUGUACUGUGUGAUCUAUUUAAAUUGGAAGCAUUCCAGUAAAAUUUUCAAUUAUUAAUCGAUUUUGAAUGAUUUUGGAAGUAAUAUUUAAUAAAAGAUGUACUUUUGCCCUCUAAUGAUGAGUAUUUUUGCCUUCUCAUCACAUAUUCGAAGUACACAAGUUUUCUUCGAUAGUUAAUAAUAGGUUUGUUCUAGCAUCAGUUUAAAACAGUUUGAAACCAUCAGCGAAUAGUCGACCAGCGCGAGUAGAGGGGAUAGCACUGGUGACUGUAUUAUGUUCUCUCACUGGCCAACUGUUUGCUGACGGUUUCUGACUAGUUUGACUGUUUGCUAGAACAAACCUAUUAUUUCUGCUUCAUUUCUUAUCCUUCUAGUUACUUCCAAGUUUGACAUUCUUUGAAUCCAUGAUAUUCGUAGGAUUCUUCUGUAACAAUAGAAUUCAUAGGCGGUCAACUUAUUCAGGUGCACUUGUUUUAGUGUCCACGCUUCCAAGCUAUAAAGAAAAGUAGAGAACACGUAACACUGAAGCAUCCUUUGGCGUAGUUCUAACCUUAUAUCCCGAGAACAAAGAAAUUUUAAGUUUCAAUGUGCUAUUUCAAUAUUUGUCUUAAUUUCUUUGGUUAUCACUAAUCCUAAGUAUUACGGCCAUCUGCAAACGAUAAAACAACUUAUUUGAAAAAUCCAUAAAAUACAAAAAACCUCUGGUACUAUGUCUACAGAUUUCCACAAAGCGUUUGACUCGAUAGAACUAGAUAGUGCAGCAUUAAAUGAAAGUCACAUCGAUAGCCGUUAUUCGAGAUUGGUAUACAAUAUUUAUAGAAAUGCCACAAACCUAAUAAAGUUACACGAAAACAGUGACGAGUAAAAAUUCAAAAAGCCAAUGUAACAAAAAAGAAAGCUUCUGUUGGAGUGAAAGUAAAAAGAAUGAUAAACUCCAACAGAAGUAAGGAAAAGAAAAAACUCAUGUGUAGCAAAAUUAACAAAAAUGAAAAGAGCUUCUCGUUGGAGAAGCCGAAGUAACAAAAUACUACUUUAUACUACUUUUGAAGUAGUAUUUGUAGAGGGAAAUGAUAAGAUGAAGAGAUAUAUGGACUGAUAAUAGAAGUGUUAAUAGACAGAGGCAAACUGAAUUGAGUUAGGCUAGCGAUAUAUGCAAGAGGACGACAACUUGACCCUCAAGGAUGGAUACGGCCAAUUUGCAUGCUUGUUAAAGACGGUAGCUCAAAGUAGAUAGUGAUGAUGACUAAAAAUUGAAAUAAUAAGAAGAAUAGAUCUUAAAAGUAGAACUUUUUGAUGAAUGUGUCUUGGACACGAAAUUAGAAUAGGCAAGAACAACCAAAUAAGAUGUAUCAAGAAGAAUAGCACAUGGAUGGGCAGCAUAUGGAGCUGUUAAAAACGUAUUUAAAGGCAGCAAUGUACCGAUUAAUCUAAAGAGUAAAAGUCUUCGAUCAGUCUGUUCUGCCAGUAAUGACCUAUGAUCCAGAAACUCUGUCUGCAAAAAGAAUGCUUUAAAACUAAGAAUAGCACAAGAAAAAUGAAUCGUUCAAUGAUAGGAGUAAAAAUAAAAGACAAGAUCACAAAUGAAGAUCUACGAAACAAAACUAGAGUUACAGAUUUUGUGGAGAGAGCUUGCAGACUAAAAUGGAGAUGGACUGGCCACAUGGCAAGGAUGAAAGAUAGAAGGUGAACACGCAAGUUAACUGAAUGGAUACCAAGAACAGAUAACCGAAAGAGAGGAAGACCACCUACACGAUUGGAAGAUGAUGAAAGAUAACGAAAAAUUGGAUCCAUACUACACAAAACCGUACAGGAGAGGCACGGCCUCUGGAUACAAACAGGAGAGGCUUAUGUCCUGCACUGGAUUUAAAACAGGCUGAUGAUGAUGAUUAUGAUAUGGUACUUUAAAUGAACCCUUUAAAUGUUGUCCCGAAUUACCUCUUUUAUUACUUUACCAUACGUUUAGUUUUCGAUUAGGGAUAGGAGACUAAAGGAAUCGCUAAAAUCGGCAACAUUUUUUAUGAGAAUAAGUUGCAUUGCUACUGUAGAAUCGACGAAUGACUGAAUCAAUUGGCGCGACUCAGGUGUGGGAAACGAGGAAGCAGUGUUGCCAUGUAUUGGAUGUAUUCCUAUCUAUAUCUAAUUUAAAAGUAAACACACGGUAUUAAAAAAACUCUUGAAAUGUUUAAGGAUUUCAAAUGUUACAGGGAUGUUUCUACUUUAAAUGACACACUGUAUAUAAACAUAAACAUUUACAGUAUACACUUUUGGGUCCAAACUUAGAAAAAGUUAUAAAAUAUAUUAGCGCUUAUAGAUUUGACACUGUGUUGUCAUUUUAUUAAGAAAAAUCCUUAGAUAUUAUUUAAAUAAACGUUAAUUUCUUUGUACUGCUGUUUUGGUUAAUAUAGGGAGUGGAUGGCACAAUUUCUGUUGGUUCUUUUGACAUGUUCAGCAAUAUUUUGCACAAGUCCUCUUUUUAUAAAUUUGUCUCCGCAUUGUUGAAAAAAUAAACAGCUUUUAUUGCUAAAA